CAAACGCAUGCGUGCAAAUGCCUCACGGGUUGCCGUCAUCCAUUUUAUACGUCCGUAGUUGAGUGUCAGUUUUGAACUUUUUUUUUGUAAUUCUUAAUUAACCGCGCGUAAGUUUUCAAAUUUAAUGCGAUAUUUUGUGCCUGUGUAGCCCCCGACUUCCACUCGCAACCUCCCAUCAACCGAAUUUACUCAUACUAUGUACCACCGUGUGUCAACAUCCUGUCUGUUAUGAAUGUUGGAUACUACGCCCACGGCAGCCCCAGUAGAGAGUCUGGAGUUGUGAGCGACUGCGACGCGAUGGCCGAAUUAGCAGCUUUGCUGCGCUCUGAAAUUCCGGAAGGGCGCAGCAAUUUAACUGAUAAUCACACGAAUCUGGAAAGGGUGGCUGAAUACUGUGAAGCAAACUACUUUCAGUCAAAUAAUAAACGCAUCGCUUUGGAAGAAACCAAAAAUUACACCACCCAGUCAUUAGCAAGUGUGGCAUAUCAAAUCAAUACACUUGCAUACAAUUUUCUUCAAUUGUUGGAGUUGCAAACAGCACAGUUGGCGGAAAUGGAAAGCCAGAUGAACCACAUUUCGCAGACUGUAAUGAUUCAUAAAGAAAAAGUUGCGAGACGUGAAAUUGGAGUUUUGACAGCCAAUAAAUCCACUAGUCGACAGUAUAAAAUUAUCGCUCCUGCCAAUCCAGAAAAGCCAAUAAAAUAUCUGAGAAAACCUAUUGAUUACAACAUUUAUGAUGAUAUUGGUCACGGUGUACGAAGUAGUGGCACUCCAAGACAAAAACAAAGGGGUUCCAGUCAGGGGAGUAUCCAGUCAAUAAGUGCAAUAUCUGCGAAUUCCAUGGUAGGACCGGCUCCUACUACUAAACCACCCACGCCUCCACAAGUGUCAAGGACAUCAAGUAAAGUUUCUGUUUCAGGAGGUACACUCAGUAAAGGUAGUCGCGAAUAUCGCACCCCUCCCGCUGUGGCUCCCCCGCAAGUCCCUAGUCAUUAUGCCCCUAAUUAUCCGAUUGGUCAUGCCAGACGCUCUACUGAGAGGGGGCCUGGUUACAGUACUCUACCCAUGGCCCCUAAUCAGCAUCAAAUGACUUCACCUCCACAAGUAGGGAUGGUACAUCCCAUGAAUGUUAGUCAGCAACAGCUUCAAAUUCAACAACACCCACAAACGCCGCCCCCACCGCCUCCACCAGGAAAUGUUGGAAACUACAUUACAGCAGAUCAUCACAUGAGCAUGCCACCACCUCCUUCACCCCUGAUAAAUACACAAGAAAUGCAGUUAUCAAACCAACACCACCCAAUGAUGAUGACCCAGCAUGCGCCCGUUCCUCAUGGUAGUCUAGGGAUGCAUACGCUAUCCCAUGCCCAUGGCCAGCGUUUAGCUAGGAGUAGUGGAGCACAUUCGCCGCCUCUACCACCACCGCCUCCACCAGAGGACGAACAUGAAUCCUUUGGUAGACCCCACAGUAGUGGAGUUAUGCCGAUUGUACCUGACGAGGAGGAUUUACCGGGAUGGGUACCAAAGAAUUACAUCGAGAAAGUGGUCGCAAUUUAUGACUAUUAUGCCGAUAAAGAUGACGAACUCAGUUUUCAAGAAAGUGCGGUUAUUUACGUCCUCAAGAAAAAUGAUGAUGGAUGGUGGGAAGGCGUUAUGGAUGGCAUCACUGGAUUAUUCCCUGGGAACUAUGUUGAGCCAUGUGUGUAAAUAGGUUUUCUUUGUAAGCUACAUUAAACUAUAAACGAAAUACGGAGUUGUUAUACCUAUAUAUAAUUCUGAAAUUAAGACAUUUUGCACUUGCUGUAGGUAACUGUAAUGUAAUGUGGGAUCGUAAAAUAUUCUAAUUAAUUAUGAAAAGAAAUUCCUUUUUGUAGUAGGUAUCAAUCAUCUUCCACAGACGUAAUUCUAGUAUUUAUUAUAUUUUUGUUCUUGCAUUUGUAAUACAUUUAUAAGUAUAAUAAAUAUAUGUAGUAUA